AGUUAAUUAAGCUAAAGUACUUUUAUGUAUACAUUUUACUACCGCGAUUAAUAAUGCAAAUACUUAAGAGAUUGUGUUAAUUACUCUUAUUUAAUCAUGUCGAAAAUAAUAGCGAAAACGCUUAAAAAUGCGUAUACUUCGACGUUUUUUAUGCAAACUUUAAAAAGUGCUACAAUUCCGAUUGAUUAUAAAUAUUCAAAUGAUAAUGAUAAUAAGAGAAAAUCGUAUCGAUUACUCCUAGCAACAGGAGGUGUAGUUUGUUGGUCUAUUUAUUACUUAACAUCUCGAAAAAAGGUUUACAAUGCUACAAGCUCAGUUGAAAUUGCAAGUUCCGAAAGUUUUGUCGCAAAGCUUCCAACAUACACUCUUGACGAAGUUGCUAAGCACAAUACUAGGGACAAUCGAAUAUGGGUAACAUAUCGAAAUGGUGUAUACGAUAUUACAGAUUUUGUUGAAGUACAUCCUGGAGGUGAUAAAAUUCUCAUGGCCGCUGGUGGCGCUUUAGAACCGUUUUGGACUUUGUAUGCAAUACAUAAUAGUAGCGAAAUUCAAGAAAUUUUAGAAGAUAUGCGAAUAGGUAACGUAAAAGAAGGCGAAAAAACGAGUAAACAAGAGACAUACGAUCCUUAUGAAAACGAACCUCAUAGACAUCCAUUAUUGAAACCAGUAUCGGAAAAACCGUUUAAUGCUGAAUGUCGUCCAGAUAUUUUAGUUGAAAGUUAUUUAACACCGAAUGAUUUAUUUUUCGUUCGAAAUCAUUUACCCGUACCGAAAAUUGAUCCAAAUGAAUAUGAAUUGGAAAUUGAAUUGGAAGAUUCGAAAAAAACAUUUACAUUAAGUUUAGAUGAUUUAAAAAAAUUCCCUAAACAUUCUGUGGAAGCUACCAUAAUGUGUGCUGGAAAUCGACGCAGUGAAAUGACAAAAAUCAAAGCUGUUAAAGGAUUAGAUUGGGGAACGGCAGCAGUUGGAAAUGCUGUGUGGAGUGGUCCAAAACUAUACGAUGUAUUACAAAAGGUUGCAGGAGUUACUGAUUCCAGUCCGUACAAUCAUAUUCAGUUUGAAGGAUAUGAUGUUGAUGUGACAAAUCAUCCGUAUGGUGCAUCAGUACCUUUCUGGAAAGGAACCGACAAACGUUGUGAAGUUAUAUUAGCAUACGAAAUGAAUGGUGAACCGUUACCCCGUGACCAUGGAUAUCCCGUACGUGUUGUUAUUCCAGGUGUUGUAGGUGCGCGUAACGUUAAAUGGUUAAAUCGUAUAAUUUUAUCAAAGCAUGAAAGUAACGCACAUUGGCAACAAAAUGAUUAUAAAGGAUUUAACCCAAGUACUGAUUGGGAUACUGUUGAUUUUAAAAAAUCACCAGCUAUUCAAGAAUUACCAGUUAUAUCGGCAAUAUGUUCACCAUUACAUGGUGAACGAGUUCACGUCGAGGAUGGGUUUAUUACAGUCAAAGGUUAUGCAUGGUCUGGAGGUGGUUCUCAAAUUGUUCGAAUCGAUGUUACAAAAGAUGAAGGUAAAUUUUGGUAUACAGCGACAAUUGAAAAACAGAGUUCGAAAACUGCUCCAAAUCAUUUCUCUUGGACAUUAUGGUCGUGUAAAAUUCCUGUUAACUCUAAUGAAAAGGAGGUUGAAAUUUGGUCGAAGGCAGUAGAUUCUAACUACAACACUCAACCAGAAAGUUUUCACAAUAUUUGGAAUUUAAGGGGUGUAUUAAAUAAUGCUUACCACCGUGUCAAACUAAUAUUAGAACACUAAAAAAGUGAUAAAAUUAAUUUUCGACCGGCAUUAAACAGAUUUAAGAAAAAUAAACCGUUUUUUAGGUUCAAAUAAACAUGAUUUGUAAAAAACAAAUAUUUUAUAUCAUCUGCCGGUCUGGUAUGGAUACAAUCGUCGUUAAGGCAAACUUUUUGGAUUAUUUUACGCAAUAGAAAAAUUUUUUAAAUCUAAAAACCUGAAUUGACAGCUUAAGAAGCUUUACCGUUAAUGUUCAUGAAGAUGUUUAAUUAAAUUUUUUCGGUUACGAACACUGAUCUAAAAAUUUUAUUUGGUAAAAGAUAAAAUAUAAUUUUUUUUACUACGUUCACUACUCUGGGCUAUGAACUGAAACAAAGCUCAGAAGAAAAGAUCCAACCAGAAUAUUUCUGGUUUCAAGAAUACAGUCUAGAAAGAUUUGUUCCAGCUUGGAUAUUCCGAUUUUUUAUGAGUAUAACUAAUGUUUCUAAAGGUGCUUGGUAUAUGUUUUUAUUGUAAAUAUUUGUUUUAAUAAAAAUUUUAAAAAUAAA